CGGUAAUCCCUCCUCCCCUCCAUAAAUAACACCAAAGUCUCCUCCCGGCAAACCCACCGCCCAGUCUCCGCCGCCUCCUCCUCCUCCCCGCCGAACAAGUCAAAGAUCCAGCCCCGGCGCUUGCGAUGACGAAGCCCUCAGCAUCGCCAUCGCCGGCGAAGCCCGCCCCGACGCUGCGCGGGAGCCAGCUAAAGCAACUCCGCGCGCUCUUCACCCGCUUCGACAUGGACAGCGACGGCUCGCUGACCCAACUCGAGCUCGCCGCCCUGCUCCGCUCCCUCGGCCUGCGCCCGACGGGGGAGGACUCGCGCGCGCUCCUGCUCGCCAUCGACGCGGACGGCAGCGGCACCGUGGAGUUCGACGAGCUGGCGCUUGCCAUCGCGCCGGUGCUCACCGCGCACGCGCCCAGGCUCGUCGACCAGGCGCAGCUGCUGGAGGUGUUCCAGGCCUUCGACCGCGACGGCAACGGCUACAUCUCCGCCGCCGAGCUGGCGAGGUCCAUGGCGAAGCUCGGGCAGCCGCUCACGUUUGACGAGCUGCGGAGGAUGAUGGCCGACGCGGACGUGGAUGGGGAUGGCGUCAUUAGCUUCAGGGAGUUCGCGGGCGUCAUGGCCCGCUCCGCGCUCGACUUCCUCGGCGUCCCCUGCUGACUGCCUGGCCGGUCGGAUCUCCGGCGGUCUGGUUAAUUAGGACUUCUUCUUGCUAAUUAGGAAUCUAUCAAUGUACCGCCGAAACUCACGGAACUUUGAACGGUUUGAU